CCUCGGUUCUUCGUGCAGCCUUUGGCCGCGCGUCUACUUCAAAGAAAGAAGACGUUGUACUGCACUUGACCAACAUCGGUGAAGAUCGCGCGGCUGGCCGCCCCGAGAAGAUGCACGACUGCAAGAACGCCUCCGCCAGCCACCUCCAGGUAGGACGACGGCAUCAGCGGGACCACUACGAGCAGCCGCCUGCGAAAGGAGAAGUUGAGCGAGUUAAUCCGGAGAACCUUUGGCUGACCUCGGUAGACCAAGUAAACCACGACCGCGAAAGACACAAGGCGCUAAAGCGGGAAAAGCGACGCCGGGAAAAGCGAAGACAGCUCGAGAAGGACCGGGAAAUAGUGCGGCUCUUUCCACCACCUCCACCGCCAAGGGGAGAUGAAACGCCGCGCAGCGACGAGCUGGGCUGCAUGUUGCGAGCUGGGCCGCUAGCUGAAGACCAGUUGGACUUGGAAGAUGACGAGCCGCGCCCGCGCCGCAUUAUCAACCGAAACGAAGAUGGAGAACGUCUUCCAGUGCACCAUGAGCAUGAAGAACCAAGACCCGCGGUUCUUGGGGUGGAAAGAAACAAAACGAAAACAGUCGAUACAAAAUCCAGACUGCAAACUUUCCGACAACGGAUGAGAGACCUGUUCAGUUGGAACAGCAAACAGGAUAAAAAAGAUGUAGACCAGGGGUACGCAGUAAAAACGACCCCCUACAAGAUGAACAACGACGACGGCGCAAACAAAGGGGACGCAGCUGCGCUCGAGCGCUUUCAACAUCUUGACGACAAGGCGACAACAAGAAAAACUAGCAAACGACCAAAGCACUUGCGUGCCAAUCUAAAACUGCUGUCUCCUCCGGACGAGGCUGGGGAGGAGAGGCAACAGGACGUCGCGCCGCAAGAGAGGGUAAGAACUCAACGCAAACAAAU